ACUUUCACGCACUCUCGUGUACUCCAGACUCCAAACUCCAGGCAUACGUAUUCCAAAAUGUAGGAGCAACCGAGCAAGUGCCAUCUGAUGAUUGAUGUACUGCUACGUAGCACAUUUAUUUGUAUAACGAGUUAAAAGCCUUAUAACUUACAACGAUAUUGAGGUCUGAUAAUUUGUGAAAUGGCAACAAUGGAGAACAUUAAAUAUAUUUACCAUUUACCGUUUUCCGAACGAUCAGAAUUUUGUAAAAUUAUGAACCAAAAUGAUAAGUGGGAAGAGCUAGCUGGUACCUGGAUGAAAUAUGAUGUUCUAACAAUACAAAGUUUAAGAAAGGAGAAAAAUCCUACGGAUGAACUAUUGACGCUAUGGGGCCAUUAUAAUCAUACAAUAGUAGAAUUAUUUGUUUUAUUAUCCAGAAUGCAGCAUUAUCAGUCAAUGGUACCUUUACUACCUUAUGUUGAUCAGAAAUUCCAUCGGCUUUUGCACAAUGGAGAAGGCAAUUUGCAGAACAUAUCACACAGGCAGUUGGCUGUCAACAAGAAUACCAAAGAUUUGAAAAUUGGCACACAGAAUUUCAAUCAACGUGUGCUGCCGCAGCAGAGUAUCAAUAAAAUUUUGAAUCAACCAACAGCUCAGUUGGGCGUCAGUCCGAGCAACUCCAAUAAUUUGUUGGUAGCCUCACCAGGUGCUGCUGCCGCUUUCUCACCGUCUCCACAAAAUACUGGUAGUAACGAGAAAAAGAUCAAUGAAUCACCACUGCCAAAGACAGAAACCACUUUGCCUCAUGCAAGUUAUAGUGAACUGGCUAUUGCCACAGAUGGAUGGAAUCAGCACAACAUAUUAGGGAAAGGUGGUUUUGGAACAGUCUACAGAGGCUUUUGGAAAAAUACUGAUGUGGCAAUAAAGAAGAUUCGACAAACAGGGUCUGAUUCCGAUGAAAGUUACAUACUCCAACUUCAGCAAUCGUUGAAAGAGAUCAAGAUUUUGAAUUCCCGUACCCAUGAAAAUAUCUUAUCUUUGUACGCAUAUAGUUUUGGCGGCGAGGCACCGUGCCUGGUUUAUCAGCUGAUGAAAAACGGGUCUUUGGAGGAUAGACUGUUGUUAAGACAAAAAAGUAAGCCAUUAAUGUGGAUGCAAAGGCAUGAAAUUGCUAAAGGUAUUGCACGCGGAUUGCAAUACUUGCACACCAUCGGAGAGAAACCGUUGAUCCACGGUGAUAUUAAAAGUGCAAAUAUUUUGUUGGAUAAAAAUUUUGAACCCAGAAUUGGCGAUUUUGGCUUGGCGCGGGAAGGUCCUGAAAGAGACAGUAUGAAGAUAAGCAGAAUUCAUGGGACAAGACCUUACUUACCGGAAGAAUUUUUACGCGACAAAAAAUUGUCUACAAAAAUAGAUACUUAUAGUUAUGGUAUAGUCUUAUUCGAAAUGGCAACUGGUCUUCGGGCUUAUGACGAUUCACGGCCUGAGAAAAAAUUGUUAGGAGAUUUAAUUGAAACUUGGAAAGACAAAGACAUUUUUUUAUUGAUGGAUAAAAAGGGUGGUGAAGAGAACAAGCAAGUUUAUAGAAAUUUAAUGUCAAUAGGAAAAUGGUGUGCUAAUGGAUUGGCGCAAAAUCGACCUGAAAUGGAACUUGUGUUUCAAACGUUAAAUGAUUUAUGAAAUUUCGUAAUUAUUACGUAUAUUUUUAUACUUUUUAAGACGAAUACUUACUGUAAUUGCAAAUAUCAUAAACGUAAUGUGAUACUUUAAUGGAUUUUGUGUGUGUGUGUGUGUGUGUGUGUGUGUGUGUGUGUGUGUGUGUGUGUGUGUGUGUGUGUGUGUGUGUGUGUGUGUGUGUGUGUGUGUGUGUGUGUGUGUGUGUGUGUGUGUGUACGUGUGUGUGCAGAGUGUUCUAAACAUGUGGGUCGUAAAAAGAUAGAAGGGAUCGAGAUGAACAUAAAAGUCCAAUAUUGUCUUGGAUUAGAUCUUGGGUUAGGUCCACCAAUAAUCGAGGUAUUAAUUUUUCAAAUUAUAUGAAUGAGAGCGCA